AUCUGUAUGAAUUUGAGGACUGAGCGACUGCAAUCGCUUCAUUAACAGUGAUCAACGAUGAGCGCUCUGUCAAAACGCACGUUAGACGAUCAGGAAGAUGAUGACGAUGAUAACAUUGGACCUAUGCCUGAUGCUGAAACGACAACAAAGAAAAGAAAAGUACUGGAGUUUGAAAGUUUGUACCUACAAAAUCUGCCAUCCUCAGAGGUAUAUGAAAAAAGCUACAUGCAUCGAGAUGUCAUCAAGUUUAUUUCGGUAACAAAAACUGAUUUUGUUCUGACCGCCAGCUGUGAUGGCCAUUUAAAAUUUUGGAGAAAAACAGAAGAAGCUGGCAUAGAGUUUGUCAAGCACUUUAGAUGCCAUCUAGGCAACAUAGAAGACAUGAAGGUAAGCAACAAUGGUGAGCUGGCCUGCACAGUGUCAGAUGAUAAGACGUCCAAGGUGUUCGACAUCAUCAAUUUUGACAUGAUCAACAUGUAUCAGCUGGGAUUCAGCCCAGGAUGUUGUGGGUGGCUGUAUAACUCAGGGGAUGCAAUCCCUGCACUGGCAAUCUCCGAGAAGGACUCUCCCAAGAUCUAUGUGUAUGACGGCCGUGGACAGAACACCCCGAUCCAUGUGAUAGACAAACUGCACUACAAACCUGUCACAGUCAUAAAGUACAACCCUGCCUGCGACCUGGUGAUUUCGUGUGAUGUGGGAGGCAUGUUGGAGAUGUGGACAGGACCCAGGGGCGACUACAAGUUUCCCAAGGGGCUCAACUUCCAGUACAAGACAGACACAGACCUCUUUGAAUUCAUGAAGUGCAAGUGUUACCCCACAGACUUGUGCUUCUCACCGGAUGGUAAAAAGUUUGCUGCAGUCUCAAACGACAGAAAGGUGAGAAUAUUUAAGGUGCACACUGGCAGGCUGGUGAAGAUGCUGGAUGAAACCCUUCAGGAUGUCAUUGACCUUCAACAGAUGAAGCAGCAAGUUCCCAACAUGGAGUUUGGUCGACGGCUGGCGGUGGAGAAAGAUCUUGAGAACUCGGAUUCAUUUAAGCUUUCAAACAUAUUAUUUGAUGAGACGGGCUACUACCUGCUGUAUGGGACGAUGCUAGGAGUGAAAGUUGUGAACCUACACACCAACCGGUGCGUGAAGAUCCUGGGGAGGCCAGAGAAUCCUAGGUUCCUGCACAUCGCUCUGUUCCAAGGCUCGGGCAAGAAGCCCCGGGCGGCCACUGAUGUGACCACGGCAGCCUCGGACAACCCACUGCUGCACCAGCAGAACAUGGACCCCAUACUGUUCAGUACUGCAUACAAAAAAAACAGAUUCUACCUGUUUUCUAGGCGGGAACCUUUCAACAAAGGGAGUUCUGAUGCUGACCGUGACAUUUUCAAUGAGAAGCCAUCCAAAGAAGAGCUGAUUGCUGCGACACAGGACACAAGCUACACAAGAGUGGCUGAGAACUGUAUCAUCCACACAACCAUGGGGGAUAUCACCUGCAAACUUUUCCCUAAAGAGUGCCCCAAGACAGUGGAGAACUUCUGUGUGCACAGUCGGGCUGGCUACUACAACGGGCACAUCAUACACCGCGUCAUUAAGGGCUUCAUGAUACAGACUGGAGACCCACUAGGCAACGGUACAGGAGGGGAGUCUAUCUGGGGUGGUGAGUUUGAGGAUGAGUUUCAUGCCAACCUGCGACACGACCGCCCCUACACCCUCAGCAUGGCCAAUGCAGGACCAAACACCAACGGCUCCCAGUUCUUUAUAACAGUCGUUCCCACGCCCUGGUUGGACAACAAGCACACUGUGUUUGGACGGGUCAAUCGAGGCAUGGAGAUGGUGCAGGCUAUAUGUAACGUGAAAACCAACCCCAAAACUGACAAGCCUCAUGACGACAUCAAAAUCAUCAACAUCACCAUCAAGUGAUCUCUAUGUGAACACCUGUAUUUUUUCUAUAGAAGUUUACAGCUUAUAAAAGAUGGACAUUAUUUGGCUGUGUUAGGGAAUAAAUCUUCCAUUAAGAGCCAUAGGGACUUAUCAGUCUUCUUUAAAAAAUAUUCAGGAACAAAUUGUAAGCCUUUUUAGCAUUCAAAGGACUGGGGUGUUCCUGAAAUAGAUUACGAUAAGAGUUGGUUCCAUUCAGAACGGUCUGUUUUAUAUGAGAAUGCAGGCCAUGUUUGUCUGGGUGCCCCACCUAUGAGCAGGUAUCCAGAGAGUGGAACAGUGUGAACAGUCAUUCUUUGAAAAGGUUUUACUGAAAUAUGUAGAGAAAUUGUGCAUUUGUUCAUUUAGGGAAGAAACAUGCAACUGUUUUAAUAAACAAGUUUCACAUGAACCAUUUUAGUGAUUAUCACAACCCUAUACUUUAUCUAUGAAAUCAAAAUGUAGCUUGAGAUUUGCAGACUGUUAUUAUAGUGGUUAUUACUGUCUGCAUUAAUGUAGCGUCAUUUAACGUUUUUAUCUACAAAUAACCACUGUAAUUACCGGUACUUCUUGAUCAGUACAAUUUACUUAUACAUAAAACAAUACGAUAAGCUUCAUUAUAACAAUUAAGUAUUGCUUAUGAAAAACAAUGCAAUUUAUAAUAGUUCCUUUUAGUGACAUUUGCAGUCGAUGUAUUUCUUCAAAACCUUGUCUAAUUUUUUUUAGAUCAUAAUCAUAUAUAAAGACAUGACCUCUUGAAUUAUAAGAAUAUGUUAUAAAGUAACAAUUGGAAACAUCAUAAUAUAUGUUAGCAAACAAAAAAUCCAAAAAGUUCCUUCAACUGUGAAAUAUCUAACAAUAUAUUAAACAACAUUUUUUUAUUUAAUUGAACCUAUCUACGGAAGAUUGUAAUGUUUAACAAGGUAGGCAACUCUCUCAGACAUUGGUAUUUGGAAUGUGAAAAGGGUCUGUUGUAGUUAUUCUCAUAUGUGAUUCAUGUGAAUAUUUACUGUUGCAUAUAAUGUAAUUUUGUAUCCAUCCUUUUGUCUUAAAGGCUUUGUUCAAACGUUCUUUUCAAUCCAAAAUUACACGAUUAAUCUGUGAGCUGAGACGAAAAAUCCCAGACAAGACAUUGCAUGGUAAACUACUGAACUCUGUGAAAGACUGUCGGAUGGGGCCUUACAUUUUUUGAACUAGGCCUUUGAAACUCCAUGAUAAACCUUUGUUUGAAAAAUUAAACAUAAUAAUGCUCAAUGUUUUACCAGUCUAAAUGCUUAUGUCGAAUUGCUUAGAAAUAAUGAGAACAUUUUGUCGGACUUUAAAAUGCACUGUACAUUUGUAAUAAUAAUAACCUUUUAAAAUAAAAAUAUUUUUAUAGCGUU